GGCGCGGAGUGGAGGUGACCGGCUGGCGAGGGGCUGCAGGGGGAGCGGACCGGGUCGGAGCCGAGCCGGAGCUGAGCCGGGGUCGGGCCGCGGAGCGGGGCCCGGGCGGGGAGCAGCCAUGGCGCCUCGCAGGGCCGGGGCCCGCGCUGCUGCGGGCGGCCUGGGUGCCGAGUAGCCGGGCCGGAGCGCGGGCGGCGGCGGCGGCGGAGGCAGCUGCGCCCGUGUCCCCCGCUCUCCAGGCCCCGCGCCCCGCGCCCGGGCCGCCGGCGAUGGUGACACAUGCGGCGGCGGCGCGCCGGCGGCAGGACCAUGGUUGAGCGCGCCAGCAAGUUCGUGCUGGUGGUGGCGGGCUCGGCGUGCUUUAUGCUCAUCCUCUACCAGUACGCGGGCCCGGGACUGAGCCUGGGCGCGCCCGGCGGCCGCGCGCCGCCCGACGACCUGGACCUCUUCCCCACGCCCGACCCGCACUACGAGAAGAAGUACUACUUCCCGGUGCGCGAGCUGGAGCGCUCGCUGCACUUCGACAUGAAGGGUGACGACGUGAUCGUCUUCCUGCACAUCCAGAAAACGGGCGGCACCACCUUCGGCCGCCACCUCGUGCAGAACGUGCGCCUCGAGGUGCCCUGCGACUGCCGGCCCGGCCAGAAAAAGUGCACCUGCUACCGGCCCAACCGCCGCGAGACCUGGCUUUUCUCCCGCUUCUCCACGGGCUGGAGCUGCGGGCUGCACGCCGACUGGACCGAGCUCACCAACUGCGUGCCCGGCGUGCUGGACCGCCGCGACCCCGCCGCGCUGCGCACGCCCAGGAAGUUCUACUACAUCACCCUGCUGCGAGACCCCGUGUCCCGCUACCUGAGCGAGUGGCGGCAUGUGCAGCGGGGGGCCACGUGGAAGACAUCGCUGCACAUGUGCGACGGGCGCACGCCCACGCCCGAGGAGCUGCCGCCCUGCUACGAGGGCACGGACUGGUCGGGCUGCACGCUGCAGGAGUUCAUGGACUGCCCCUACAACCUGGCCAGCAACCGCCAGGUGCGCAUGCUGGCCGACCUGAGCCUGGUGGGCUGCUACAACCUGUCCUUCAUCCCCGAGGGCAAGCGGGCCCAGCUGCUGCUGGACAGCGCCAAGAAGAACCUGCGGGGCAUGGCCUUCUUCGGCCUGACCGAGUUCCAGCGCAAGACGCAGUACCUGUUCGAGCGGACGUUCAACCUCAAGUUCAUCCGUCCCUUCAUGCAGUACAACAGCACGCGGGCGGGCGGCGUGGAGGUGGGCGAGGACACCAUCCGGCGCAUCGAGGAGCUCAACGACCUGGACAUGCAGCUCUACGACUACGCCAGGGACCUCUUCCAGCAGCGCUACCAGUACAGGCGGCAGCUGGAGCGGCGACAGCAGCGCCUCCGGAGCCGCGAGGAACGCCUGCUGCACCGGGCCAAGGAGGCGCUGCCGCGGGCGGACGCCGAGGAGCCCGGCCGCGUGCCCACCGAGGACUACAUGAGCCACAUCAUCGAGAAGUGGUAGUGGCGGCCAGCGGGGGCAGGUGGGGCCAGGCAGACUGACCGACACACUCGGCCCCCAGAACUCCGUGGGAAGAGGACCCCCUUCCGCUCGCCAGAAGACGGACGAACGGUUGAGGGAGGGGAAGGGGUGGGCCUGGCGGGUCGGUUCUCCCCACCUUCCCAGGCCGGGGCUCUGAGAAAUCAACGUGGGAACCCACUGGGUCAGAGGGAAGGGUGCUUGGAGGACCCCCCAACCAGGCCUGCAGGGCUGGGAGCCGGUACGUCCCCGCUCUCCCGUCCUCCUGGUCACAACGGCCACAGGUUUGAAGACUAGAAAAAUCCAGUGCAGUGGAAGGCGGACCUGCCAGGCACACGCCCACUCCCCCCCCAACCCCCCGCUGCAGGUAGCUCAGCCUCCAGGGAACCCCUGGCCCCAAGGCCUGCGUGGAGACACGGCAGGCCUCCGAGGUAGCCUCAGGAAUGGAGCUCCCAGCUCACCCAUCUUCAGGGUCAGGGCCCACCCCGUCUAAAGCCAAGAAGACUCUAGUCCAACCCCUGGGAAGCCCACUCCCCUCUCUAGCCCAAGGUCAAAACCCACAGUGUGGCUUCUUGCUUCGGGUCAAGAGAUCAAAGCACAUCACCUGGGGUCCCCCACCCCGCUUUCCUCAGUCCCCAGACCGAGGGGUGCUGUAGGGAGAUGGGCCCCAUGCUGCACUGCUCCCUUGCAUGAGCGGAGGGCAUCCCAGGAGUAGGAAGGCCAUAGGUGAGGAUGCUUCCACCUGUGUCCAGGCAGACCUCCCAGCCAGACCAGCUCAGACAGGAAGGGGGACAGAAAUCAAGAGCUCUCCCUGCCCGCAUUGUCCUUUCUGACCCUCUGGGCUUUGUUAGUGGGCUGCCCCCAGCCCCAAGCCCAUGACUUAGACAUUUAUGUGGGACUUAGACCCAUUCCCCCCACAGCCCCGUGUAUAAAGUUCAGUCAAGCCUCCGUUGGCUGGAACGCUGUAGACCACAGCCACAGCCCACGAGCCAUACUUUGGGGCCAUGGUGGUUCAGGACAGCCAGGAAAGGGUACUCGGGCUUUCAGAUUCUCCUCCAGGAUUGGAAGAAGCAGCUCUGGGUGGCUCCCCUAGUACCCAGAUACACAGCCCCCCGACCCUGGGCUCUCCCUGCGUUUUCCUGCGCCCUUGCCCCUACCAGCUGGUCAGGCCUGUUCCCCGCAGCCCUGCAGAUUGGAGAAGCCAUGUUCAGUCCAUUGUAGACACUUGCCCCACGCCCGUCCCUCCUGUGCUCGAGGAGGCCAGGCCAGCAUCGCCUCUGGACGUGCACACCACCCCCCGACAUGAGGCCUAAGACCUGGUUCUGGGGAGCUGAGUGUGAGCCCCACGCCCGAGGUGGAUGGGCACCCCGUCUCCCCAGGAGAGGAAGCACACGUGCCCGGCGGCUGCAGGCCAGACUCAAGGAGGGUGGUGAGGGCCCCGGGCCCCCGGCAGCCUCAUGGGAAGAUCUUGCCAGGGUUCCCAGCCCCGGCUUCCCCUUGGCCACCCUAGCUGCCCUCCUGUGGAAUGAGGGGGUGGGAGCCGAGACCCUUCUGUAAGCACCGGAAGGGUUAGGGUGUUGUCACAUUAGGUGGCCACCCAGGAGCCAGCAGCUUUAGUCUUUGCUUGUCUGGCCUGAGGCCCCCGCCCCCCCUCCAGCUUCCUGCGCUGGCCGCUUCAUCUUGCAGUCCCAGGACAGCGCAGUCAGCAGGCCCCCGAGAGCGGACACAUCAUGCUGAGGAGGUGAGUGCUCAGGUGGCUCUUUCAAAGGGGUGUGAAGGUCAGUAUGGAGGUCUGCUCCAGUACUCAUUUGGGGCGGGCGUGCUCCAGGGAGGAGGGUGGGACACGUUCACGAGAGCUCUGGGGUCUUGCACGAUCACCUGUGACGCUAGGGGCUUGCUGUGGCCUCCCACCGGGAGGAUAGCUGUUCUGCGUGAGCCCCCCGGGCACCCGGCCAGUGGCCAGGCUCAAGCAGCCCUCCCCAAGGGGUGCUCCUGAGGGUGUGGGCCUGAGUGCAGGAUGUGUUUUGUACAUAAUGGAGUGUUUUAACUCAUGGCCCGUUGUCCCAAGUCACACGGUCUCCUCGGUUUCUUCACUGCAUUUGGAAGGAGGCCCUGGCUCCGGCCAGCAUCCAGUCAGGGGUGCCAGUGACAGCACCAGUUGGCAGUGCCCCUCUGCCACUUGGGUCUCCCGUCCAGCACUGCCGGCUCAGGACGCCUGCUUUGAGGUAAAGGCUUCUUGUGCCUGCAGCAUCUCCUCCGACACCACAGGCUGGGGCUCCAGGGAAAGGAUGGCCUCCCCAGGGCUCUUCCCAGGGCUGAGGGACAGUAGCAAACAUGCAGUGAGCGAACAGCCCCCUGCUCUCACUACCCCAAGCCUUCAGUGUCCUCUCUUGGAGGAGGCGUGAGGGACGAGAGAACUGUCCAAGCAAUGAGUCUGUGAACGUUUUGGGAACUGGAAGAGUUUAACUUGAACCCAGGAGCGUUUAAAGCUUUAUUUAUUUAUAGCUUCUUAUUAAAAAAAAAAAAAAUGUUGAGAAGAAACCUUUUGGUGACUCAUACAAAAAAAUGAGUUGAUGAUGGAAACGCAAGUCAUAAUCAUCUAAUUGUUUUUGUCUAGGUCAAGAUGAAUGUUAGCAGAUGAAAUAAACCCUGAAAAGGAGCGCUGGUGUGUGUGGUCUGUGGUCACAUAGCAACGCGCCUGGCGUGGCGCCGUCCCGGUUUGAUUUUCGAAAUGAGCAUCUGUGAGCUCACAGGAAUCACACAGAAGCAGACGGGCUUCCCUCAGGAGCAGGCGGCAGCCCAGUAAGAGAGGAGUUAACACAAUGUGUCACUAAGCCUUGCUUUGUGAAAGUAAGAAAUGUGCCUGUCAUCACCGCAAAGAAUAACUUAGGGACUUCCCUGGCGGUCCAGUGGUUAGGACUCUGCACUUUCACUGCCGAGGGCCCAGAAUCCAUCCCUGGUCGGGGAACUAAGAUCCCACAAGCCGCGCGGUGUGACCAAAAAAAGAAUAACAUCAGUCAUUGAUUACAGGACUUGAAAAGAUGAGGCCCGCUUAAGGGAAGACAGAGCAACGCAGACAUCGUGUGCUUAUUUUCUGAGCCUCCUUCCCCUCAACUUUAAUUUUGAAACAAAUGACAGGUUGAAAGAGUAGGUCGUGGACACCAUAAACCCUUAGCUGAGAUUCCCCUGGAUUAACGUGUCACAUUUUCUUAUCCUGCACUCCCACUCGUUUUCUGUCUCUGUGCACAUGCAUCACACACAUGCACGUGGACACACGCACAUUUUUCUGAAACACUGGAAAUUAGUUGCAGUCCCCAGAAUCCUUCAAAAUACUUCGGCAUGUACCUCCUAGGAAUGACACUCUGCCACAGACACACACACACACACACGCACACACACAAACAAAACCAUCAUACUCCUAAAAUUUAACAUAACAUAUUAGCUGAUGUACAGUCUGCAUCCAAAUUUUCCAAUGGUCCGUACAGUGUCCUCAGAAUGUUUCUGUGACCCUUGCUCAGCUGUCACGCCUCUACUGUGUCCUUUAGCUAGACGGAGCCCCACCCGCCCCUUUCCUUCGUCUGUCUUAGCGUUGGCAUUUUAGUAUAGGCCGGUUGUCUCUCUUAAGGUCCGCGUGUGUCUGUUUUCUCACGGUCAGAUUCAGUUAAAGGUUUGGGGCAUAAAUGCUGCGCAGAUGAAGUGGUUCUCUGCCCGCGAGCGCUGAUGAAUUGUUCUGUCCCACGGGACCGGGAGGGAGGCCCUUACUUGAUGUCUGGGUCCUGACGUGAUCACGGGUCUCACUGCUUUUUCUUCAUGGAAACCGAUCCGUUGUGCUUGCGGGUAGGGCUGGCCGUUGCUGGACAGUGGAGGGCCGGGGGCCUUAGGCCCCUGCACUUCCUCCAGUGGGCACUGUCGCACACAAGACUCUGGAAAGGCUGUGUUCAGACCCUAAGGUCUGAGGGUCUCUUCCUCCUCUUCCCACGGUCUCGAUCUGGAUGCUCCUGCAUCCAGGCCACCUCCCCAUCCCUCCCCAUCCCCUGCCUGCAGGAGAGAAGGAAGGGCAGUCACAGCCGGGGCCUCGCCGUGCCAGGGGGCGGAGGUGGCCGCUUCCUAGUCACCAGAGCUUCCCCGCCCAGUGUGCUCUGGACCCUCCGGCUCUGUGAGGAAGCGUCCUCUCUCUUAUCGGAGCGGACGCCCCGUGCAGACCCAGCCUCAGCCCCUCCUGGACAUCACACGUGGGGCCUCAGUCUGCUCCCCGUUCAGCAAACCCAGGGGGAACGUAUCCUCCUGCUGCAGAGGCUCCAUUCAGCCCUGCAGAGCCAGUGUGUGAAAAGACAAAGGCCAAAUUAUUCCUGAAAACACCUCCCCCCAAAAUGGGGGUUUUCGCCUGCCUCCUCCUGUUUAAAGUUGAAGGUCACUCCUGAGCCUUCGGCACUGGCUGCAGCCUCCCCUGCGUCGGCCCGGCCUGUCAACCCAUCCACCCCUCUGAUCCCCCUGUGCCCCCUGCCCGACCUUGCCCCUCCUUGGCCUCUCCCCGCCACCCCACCUCCUCUUCCCCCACCAGCUGCCCGGCAGCCCAGCCUCCCACCUCUGCACCCCUUGCUGUUUCCUCUUCACACCAGCCGUGCCCCAAGUGGCGGGCCUGCUACCUGUGUGCUUUCCCUGGAUCCUCAGCCCCAACCUUCAGGCGAGCUCGGGACCCCUCAGUGCUCCACGCCAGGUCCCUCCUAGGGAAGGCAGUCCCGACUUGCCCACCCACCCAGGCGGGUGCCCUUGGCAGGGACACAGAGCGGAGCAGGCUCCCAGCCCGGAGCACGGGAGAUCCCUGGGAGCCAUCACCAACCCAAGAGUCUCCUUCCAGAACCCGCACCUGGUCCCAGGGACCUCCUCCCCGGAAGCCUUGGGGAGGACUCGGGGUGCAGGUCCUGGGAGCCUUGGCCCAGCACCCCCGGCUGACCAGGCCCCCUGCCCAGAGACUCCUGCCCUGGUGGGCGGGGAUGGGCGAGGGCUCCGCCGUUGGCGUGGGGGGCUGGUCUGGGCUCCCCUCCACGCUGCAGCGGCGGGCAGAGCCUCCGGGCGUACAGCCUGUUGUCAGGCCAGGUUCGGAAUCCAGCUGGCCCACGGUCCCGGGUAGGCCCUUCUCUGGGAAACGGGAAGGCUGCUGUAAGGGUUCACCUGCUUCCGGGGAGCAAGGCGCCGGGUCCGGGCGGGGCCGCAGCGAGCCACGCCUUCAUCUCGUCUCCAGCCCCGACCACCGAGCCGCCGCGGGGGAGUCCUGACCUCCCCACGACCCGCUCAGCUUCACCCAGUGCGCUGCCCCGCGACGAGCCAAGCCACGUGGGCCUCAGCCUCGCCUGCGGAAACAGCUAAGGACUGUCCUCUUCCUUUCUUGCUCUCAAAGGACCGUGACAAAUAUCCAGGUCCCCCGCCUGCCAGCCCCGCCCAUCGCCCCGGCCCCGGUAGCGCCAUCUGGUUUCCCGCCCUAGGUGUCGGCUGGGUCGCCCAGCUACCUUCUCUCUCUCUGCCAAAGACAAGACCCUUCUGGCUCCACGCCUGCUGGGCCUCCCACUUGCCUGCACCCCCAGCCCAGCCCACCCGGUCCCGGGGCAUCUCCCAUGGCCCAGGCUUCAGGUGGGACCCCGGUUCCUGGCGGGCCCAGAGGAGGGGUCUGAAUACACAGCACUGCCCAGACUUGCCCCCAAACAUGCCCUUUUUAGAGAAAUUGCUCAUAUCCUGACUUUAAAUUUCCAUUCCCUCUGAAGUGUGAUUGAAUUUUUAAAAUAUGUCCCUUCAAGUUAACAGUCUCUCCCAGUUAGAACCAGUGUGUUAGGAGUCCUCCUCUGAUCCCCUCCCCUCUGGGUGGCAUCUGGGCCUACGGGACAUUCCUAUCCCCCAGUGAUGGGUGGCAGGGCGCUCACACGCCCCCCCCGCCGCCUCUUCCCCCUGCCACCUCGUCAAGAAGGCCAUCGGGCCCCCAGCCAGGACCCCCAGCCCCGUCCUCACCAACUCCACUGCAGGGUGUCCAGGACAGUCGGAACUUGGGAUCGUCCUCUUGGCUUGGAUGAGGCACAGAGAUCUCCCCCGGGGGCUGGCCUUCCAGCCCCUCCUCCUGCUGUUACUGACCAGGGUUCUUGGCCUCCUCCGUCAAUAGAAAUUGUUAAGAGACCAGACAAGAAAUUCAGGCAAGGCUUUACUGGGGGCCCUGCUGCUGCAGAGGGGGAGCGAGAACACACAAAA